AUGCCGUCGCAUUGUGGAAUAACGGCCUCACUGUGCUGCAGAUAUCCCGUUAAGAAGGUACCGGUAUGCAAAAACGGAGUUUGCCGUUCCAUCCUUGGGGACAAUAUACGACUUAUGACUGUGCGCUCAAAUACCUGGAGCUUGAAUCUCUCAGUGAACGUCGGAAGUCAUUGUCCAAGUAGUAUGCCAAGUGAACCAACGUUCUUACUAGAGAAACUUGAUUCGUUUACCGGUGUAACGAUUUUGAAAAUUGGCAAUAAAGUUCCGAUGAAGCUUUCAAUCUGGCUACCACAGCAAACGUAUGACAUGCACGUUGAGCUUCUUACUCCAUAUGAGUCAUCUGCCAUAUUGACUAUAUGUGAUCCAGUUGUCACCCACAUUGGUUCUAACUUUGGUUCAGGGAUUUCCACAAGUGUGGUUUUGGAUGCACAUGCAGGUGAUAAGAGAUGGGAUCGUGCUGUUAUUGAUUUUGGAUCUGUAUCGAAUAUCGGGACUGAUGCAAACGAUGCUGAUCAAAGCAAAAUCGUAAUUGAUUUUUCUGUGGUUAUGGUGGAUAACAACGCGACACAAGAUCAAGAAAGUUACACAAUUUCAACUGGUGUAGCUUAUAAUACUGAAGUUUGGAUUGGACAAGUGGCAUUUACUGCUACCUUGGAUCGUGAUGACUGGACAUCUCCUAGUCCAUCAGUUAUCAUCUCUGGACCAACAGAAAUCUACCAGGACACAUCAGCAUUGUUUCUAGUUGAUAUGAUCAUCAGAGAGUAUGCUUCAGAUAUUCGUUUAGAUGUCAUGACUGAAUCUGAGACCGAACCAAUCAUGAGUGUUUGCUCUAUGAGUGUUGGAUCAUACGGUGAAAGUUAUGGAUGUUUGUCCAAAGAUCUUCCACAUUUUCAAAGUCACAACACAACUGCAGAGUAUAAUGAAACAGCAUCAUUUGCUUUUGGAAGCAUCACCAAUGCAGGAAAACGUUCAAGAGUAGAGGAUAAUGAUGUGGCAGACACCAUUACAGUUCAAGUUGCAGUUUAUCUCACCAAUAGUACAGAAGUGGUUGAAGGAAAGACGUACUGGCUUGGUGUGUCAAUGACUGUAAACAAUGACGAUAUCCAUUCAAACCAGUAUGGAGUCACAGCAUUGACCAACCAAGGAGCAACAUUGACCCAAGAACCCGCUUUUGAGUUCUUCGCUGCCGAUGGUAAUGACGUCAUAAUCGAGGGACAUGUUGGUUUAAUACUAACCAUGACAAUAGUAGAGGGCUCAACAACAACUAUAAAUUUGGAUAUGUCUAUGCCAGAGGACAGCGGUGAGCAAGCAGUGUUAUCCAUUUGCAGUGCCGAAGUAUAUUACGUGGGAUAUAAUUUUCCAUGUUUAGGAACUGUUACACCCACAUAUACUUCACAGGAUGGCGAGGACAAUACCUACACUCGGUUAAACUUCGGUAGAGUUACAAACGUCGGUAGACGCUUCGAAAGUGGAGAUAGCACCAUCAAAGUUAGGGUGGUUGCAAAAAUGUUGCCAACAGCAACAAGUGGCUCAACUUAUAUGGUAUCAGCAAAUGUACAAUAUGAAUUAAGUGAUGAAGAUGUAUUGUGGGUAGGUCAGAUACCUAUCACAUCUUCGGAAAGUAUGUCACAAGAUUACGAUGCCACCAAGAUGCCAACUAUUGAACUUGUCAAUCGUGCAGAAGACAAUUAUAUUUACAAAAAUUCGGGUUUGUCAUUCAACAUCGAUUUGACAGUUCCCUCUAGUACCACAUUUUCUCCAUUCUCACUAACUCUUGGGGUACCAGAAGAUGAAACUUUUCCCCUGUUUAGUGUUUGCAAUGUGCAAGUGGCUACAAUCGGAAGUUCAUUUUCAUGCUACACCACUGACCAAUUCACUAUUAUUGAAAAUGAACUUGAAGCUGGCAACUUAGCUAAUAUUACUCUUGAGCCUUUUACUAAUCCUGUCUUUGAAACACCACUUAAUAAUGAUGACAACAAGAUAAUAUUUGAGGUUCACCUUAAGAUGAAAGAUCAUCCAUUUAUUAGUAGUGGAGAUCUGUACAAUAUUUCUGUUGCUUUGAACUAUGGACAGCAAAGUGUUAGUUCACAGAUAGAAUUUGAAGUCAGUUUUGACGAUCCAGAAUAUACAGAGAACAAUGAAGACCCACAGUUUGAAUUUACCUUGGACUCCGGUCGUGUUUCAGCAUUGGUAUUAGGAGAGACGGCUGUGUACACUAUGGUUGUCUACACCCCAACCAGUUCGGCAACAACGUACUCUGUAGAUGUCGUCGCUAAAAAUAAUACAUUGUCGGUUUGUAGGACUGAAAUACUAGACUAUGGAAAAAACUUACCCUGUCUAUAUUCUGUAGACAGAGCCGCUUACUUUUCAUAUGAGAAGGAUGGAAUGGUGGACCGUGGGUUCCUUGAUCUUGGCGUUGUGAGAAAUACAGGUUACAAACCAAUAGCGAAUGGUCCCGAUAACUACAUGAUUGCUCAGGUUGUAGUGAGACUUGAUGAGGAAGUUGAUACUUCAUUUGAUGUUACCGUAGGAACUGGUUUAACUAAUAUAUGGUCAACAACAAGGAAUGUCACAUUCAAUCCUUCAUCAGGGACUAGUGCACCUAAUAUUUCACCAAGAUUUAACUUUUCAAAAGCCAACAGCUUCGAUAGUGUAACCAAGGGAGGAUCUGCUGCAUUUAACAUGGAUAUCUACAUCCCGUUUAAGGCCAUCAACACAUACAGUAUAUCAUUUACAGGUGUACCUGGCACAGCAACCAUUUGCGAAGCACGGGUUAUCUCGUCUGGUUGGAAUAUACCAUGUGUAAACGGCAGUUUUUUCACAACAAUAUACAAUACGUCAGUUCUUGGUGGGAAUAAUGAUAUCGCGUCUAUUGAUGCUGGCGUCAUUACAAAUAUGGAAUGGAACAGCAAUUUAGAAUUGGAAACAAUUGAAAAUAUGGUUCGUGUUCAGUUAAUUGUUCAAUUGAAUGCAAGUUCAACCGAAGGUGAUGUAAAUCUUCAAGGAAUUGUUGGAGUUGAUGAUGCCUUAACUGAAUUAGACAUUUCGUUUACCGUUCAGGAAGGUUUCAAUGAUGAAGAGACAAAUUCUGAGCCAAUUUUUACUGUCUUCGGGCCACAUGAAAACUACACAUCAAAUUCUUUGGAUCCCGUCAACUACACGGUUGGACAAAAACAAAUAUUCACUAUUAAUAUUACCUCACCAGUGAUUACCACUAAUAUGUUGAUCUCAGUCAAUUUACCGGUUGCAACAGAUGAAGCUUAUCUAACAGUUACAAACGUCACCCUGACGAGUGUCGGCAAAAAUUAUGCCUGCUUUCCGUUGUAUGAGCUUGAUCCUAUUUACCAUUCAACGCUUGAAAGCAGUCAACAUGAUUCAGUAGUUAUUGACCUUGGUGUAAUAACAAAUAUUGGUGGUUUGGAAGAAUUGUUGUUCACUGACAUUUUCACCUUACACUUCAACUUCUCCAUUGAUCCUGAACGUACUAUGCCAAUGGGCUACGGUAUUAUCAAUACCACAAUUCCUAUAGAAGUAAUUUUUUACAAGCGAGAUCCUGAUAGUCGUGAUGGAAAUAUUGUUUUAGGACAAAUUUACAAGACAGAAACCCUAGUUAUUAGCCUUCCAUUUUCGGUGAAAGAAUGCACUGAUAUUCUUGGUAUAGAAUCUGGUAAUAUUCUCGACUGCCAACUUUCAGCAUCAUCAUCAUUAAAUGACAGUUAUUCACCAUCGAUGGCCAGAAUUAAUUCUGCUGGAUGGUCAGCUGGUAUCCGACAUUAUGAAAAAGAAUACAUACAGGUUCAGUUUGGCUGGAUGCACAGAUUUGGAGGAAUUGAGAUCCAAGGAGAUUCAGAAAACUCAAGCAUUGUAGAAUUCUCCCUUUCAUAUACGAAAGAAUUUGUGAUUUGGAAUGAUUAUUAUGAUGAACAAUCAACAAUAAAGUUGUUUAAAAAUGAUUUCAACAAAUCCAGUUCAACUUAUUACCAUUCAUUGAUGAAUCCAUUUGAUGCUGUUGCUAUCCGAAUCCAUCCAGAGUAUGUUCAAGAAUCCACGGACAUGAGUUUUCGUCUGCUAAGAUUCGAGUUGUAUGGUUGUCAAAGAGCAGAACCGUUAAGUCCGUCAUCUGCUUGCCCUACAGAUGAUACUCCAGAUUUUGGCCAAUACGACAGAGGUGUGCUUGUUGAUCCAGUAUCUGGUAGAAUAUUUGUCUGUGUACUGGAAGACGUUGGUCAACCAAAAGUAUGCUCAUAUUCUGAUGACAAUGGAGAUUCAUGGGAAGUUGGACGCCACACACGAGUAAUAAGCGACCAUAAACCACUGGAAGCCAUAAUAAAGAAGCCGCUAGUGAAAGCUCCAAAGCGUCUGCAGGGCAUGUUUUUGCGAUUACAACAAUAUGAUUACGACAUACGACAUGCUCCAGGUAGAACAAUGUAUAUAGCAGACACUCUAUCUAGAGCCGUUGAUCCUACAGAGGAAGCGAUUACGAUAGAAAUUAAAGCGGUACAGUACUUACCAGCUAGCAAAGAGCGUCUUCUACAAAUCAAACAAGAAACAGAGAGUGACGAGACAUUACAGUUGUUGAAACAGAUCAUAAUAGACGGAUGGCCAACACAGGAACAGGAAGUCCCUGAGCAGAUAUUGCCAUACUUCAGCUAUGCUGACGAAUUGAUCGUACAAAAUGACCUCAUAUUCAGAAGCGAAAAAUAA